AUGCCUAAGUUAGCAACAUUCACUAAGCCAUUUUUUAUUGUAUUGAUUGCAACAUUAUUGCAUACAUGCAUUGCUAAAUCAUACAACGUUGUUGAUUUCGGGGCGAAGGCCAAUGGCAAGACGGACUCGUCACCGGCCUUCAUGAAGGCGUGGGCGGCCGCCUGCAGCUCAAACGAGGAUUCAACGGUGCUCGUGCCCUCGGGAACGUUCAUGUCGAAUUCGGUAUCGUUCAACGGAACAUGCAAGAAGGAAAUGCGCCUCCAAAUAUUGGGAAAUAUUGUAGCUCCUAGUUAUGAAUCUUUAAGCGAUCAUCAAGUUUGGAUAGGAUUCUAUUUUGUGAGUAGGUUAUCAAUUAUUGGUGGCACUAUUGAUGCUAAGGGGUCAAGUUAUUGGUCAUGUAAAAGGAGCAAAAAGGAUUGUCCCUAUGGAGCAAGGUCAAUCGCUCUCCAAAGUUGUAAACAUGUCCUCGUUAGCGGCUUGAAAUCGUUCAAUAGCGAAGGAGUCCACCUUCAUCUCAAUGGGUGCAACAAUGUCACCAUGCAAAAUUUGACAUUAACCGCUCCCGGCGAUAGCCCUAACACCGACGGCAUCCACAUUGGCAAUUCCGACCUAGUUAGAGUCCUCCACAGCACUAUCGGCACCGGAGACGACUGCAUAUCCAUCGGCCCGGGCUCCACCAACAUGUGGGUGGACAAUGUCGCCUAUGGCCCGGGCCAUGGCAUUAGCAUUGGAAGUAUUGGUGGAACACCAAAAGAAGCUGGAGUUGAACAUAUUGUAGUAAACAAUUCUGUCUUUACAGACACAGACAACGGUGUUCGGAUUAAAUCAUGGGCAAAACCUAGCGAUGCCUACGUUAAGGAUAUUAAAUUCGAGAAUUUGAGGAUGCAAAAUGUUGCAAAUCCUAUUAUCAUCGAUCAAGAAUAUUGCCCUGCGCGGAAUUGCUCGAAAGCGAGCUCAGGGGUGAAAAUCAGCGAUGUGAAAUUCAACAACAUAACGGGAACAUCAAGCACCGUAGAAGCUCUAAUAUUGGAUUGCAGUUUGACAAAUCCAUGUGAAAAAAUCACAUUGCAGAAUAUAAAUCUGGUUUAUGCAGACAAGAUGAAGAAAGUGACGACCCCUGCAACCUCACGCUGUCAAAAUGCACAAGUAAUUAAGGCUGGUGUUGUUAACCCAAGUUGCUAG